CAGCGGGAAAUCAUUCUGCUCGCAGACGGGAGUCGAUCACAACGUUUCAUGUCGCCAGUUAUCCAGUCUAGUCGAAUCUAAUCUAGACUCUAGAUCUAGAGUAUUUGUAACAACUCAGAUCGCCACUCUAGUUUUGUUGUAUUUAACCGGCGGACAACGUACAAUUUUUACUCAUGUAACUUGAGACGAGAGAUCGACUGAGAUGCCAGUUUUUUUACUGUGAGGAAAGUUGAACUUUGACGUUGUUUCAAUCAACCCAUGCCAGUUUUGUGUUCAGCUGUUGAUUUACAAUGAGCUGAUUCAACUGCUGAUGUCAUUUUAGAAUGGGGGAGGCUGUUGUGCCAAUGUUAAGUUGUCAUGGUUGAUGAAGAAAGGUACAACAGUAUCUAGUAUCUAGUGAUGACAGAUGGAUGCCAGACAGCAGUAGAUGUCAGUCAUGACAGCUGGAUGAAAGUGGUGACAUCAGAUGGCCGCCAUGGAAACAAAAAUGACCCUAGGGUAGGCAGCUGGUGGUGACCCCUCCCUGCUGAAAUCUGCACCCCCCUAGUCCCUACCCACAAUGCCACUAGAUGCCACUGUAGAUGAGUUGAGGAGACUGAAGGCUCAGAGAAGUCGACAGAGAGAGAUUCGAGACUUGGAAGAGCGCAUGCUGCUAGACAACCUUGAGGAAACAGACCGCCAGCUGAAAGGCUCACCACCUCCAUUAAAUCAGCGCAAGAAGUUGCAGUUGUCUAAAGACAAGGCCAUUCGUGACUUGCAAAUUGCAUAUGAAAGGCAAAGAGAACACAACAUGUUUGGAGAACCAAAGAAAGAUUAUCGACGCCAGCCUGAUGUGCCCAGAUAUAAUCAUCAUGCGGAUCCCAAGGCCCAGCAGCUUGCGGAAAGCCAUGGAAGAAAUAUGGAACAUCUACAGAACAGGAACAGAGACUUGGAGAGACAAAGAGAAGAAAUUCGAAGGAGGUUAGAUGACUUGGGUCGCAGGCCAAUCAAAGACGACGACUCUAUGAACGCAUUGCUUCAAGAGCUGAAAGACCAAGAGGCCAGGAACCAGAAAAUGCUGGAAGAGUUGCGUCGCCUGAUGGCCACACAGCACUACCCCGUGGCAGUGGAGGGCAAGAAGCAGCAUCAGUACAUCUACCCCAUCUACUACGGCAACUCUUUGGUGGCUGAAAUCAUCGCAGUCAGACAAGCAUACCUACAAAAUGGGGGCAACGACCCAGACAUACUGCAGCAGUUGGCCCAGAUGCAGGCGGAAGCUCAGGCCAUCGAUGACUCCCUCAGGAACAGACCAGCGGUCAAGGUUAAAGACAAGCACCAGCCAGAUCACUCCCUGUUUACCCUAGAGCUGGAGAAUGAACGGCUCCAGAGACAACUGCUGCUGCUACAGGAGCAGAACUUGCAGGCCAAACACCGGCGCAAGGACGAUAGAGAAGAUGAACUGGAGAGAGACAUCCGCCGCAUGCAGCAAGACCACCUGCGUAAAAUGUAUGAACUUCAGAGGGAAAUAGAGAAGCUGCGUCAUGAAAGCAUCUACCUGAAAAUACACGACAAGCCCUCAAAGAUCAUCGUUCACCAACCACCACCCAUUCAAGUCUCAGCACCACCUCCUGUUCAAAUACCACAGCCUCAGAUCAUUGAAGUGGACAGGCUUGCACCAUAUGAUUACAGUGCUGGCUUUGCCAUAUUCUAUGAUUUUGUCCUGAACUUGGACCCACGAAUAAGUGCCGUGCGUCUGAUUGUGGGACUACACAACACACAGGCUAAGCUGGGCGAGCCGACCAUCCUGCCCCUGGUCUACACCGAGCCCUCGACCAGGGCCAAUUCUUACAGCGCUGUUAAUGCUGUCAUUGGCGCCAGGCAACCAGUACCCAGGUGUCCACCCCAACCUGACCUUGGCAUUGUUGUUGAGCUGCAGGCUGCUGGCUCGGCCCCUGGGUCUGAACACGACCAGUCUAGGCUGAUCACACGAGCCUGGACAAAGAUUCCGCUAUUUGACAGCCAGGACCGUUUGAUGACUGGCAGGCACAGAAUGCCAUUGAGAGCAGUUCCCCUCAAGCCAUACAUUCCUAUGCACGAGCUUAACUCUAUUCCUCAGUACGGAGAAUCUGAGCUCUACUACCGUAUAGUGAAUAUGAGGGAUGCCCAGAGCCAGUCAAUGGCCACCAUAGCAGCUACCAAUCAGGACAUGUACCAGGUGGCGCCUGUGGGUGGAUUAGUGCUUACUCAGGUCACUGUCUCGCCAGUCCCACCCCCUCCCUCUGCCUCCCCGCCCAGUUCUCCAAUGGAUUACUUUUCUCCCAGAGUCAGGUAGGAAAAGGGAAAUUUA